CCCCCCCUUUUAUUCGGCGGCCGAGGCCGGAGCUGGAACUUUGCAGCCCGAGCGCGCACGCUCUGCGCUCCUCCCGCCGGUCGCGCAGAAGGUGGGGCCGCGCGGGAAGCAUAGGGGUGCAGCGCGCGCGAAGCGGGGUCCCCGGGAGAGCGCGGGGCGCAGAGGAGGGGGCCCGGCGAGGGGUCCCGGGCUGGGAGAGCGCCCCGUCCGGGGGAGCCGGGCUCUGGGGUCGCAGCCGCGCCGACUCGCAGCUGCUUUUGCCCGGGAGCCGCAGCUGUGCCGGGGUCCGGCGGCGGCCCGGGAAGGAGGAGGACGAGCUGCAGCUGGACGCUGGCAGCUGGAGGAGCAGCCACACAGCUGUCCCGUGUGCGGGCGACCGGCCAGGAUGACCCGCUGACCGCGGCCAUGCAGCCCUGACGGGGUGACCAGCGCUUGACCGCCACCUCGCUAGUCCAGCGGGAAACGAAGCCGUUUACCAUGGAACCCGUGACCAAGUGGACCCCUAAACAAGUGGUGGACUGGACUCGAGGUGAGGAUGGUGUCCUUUGUCAAUAAUUGUAACUAGAAUUGUGUAGUCUUCACAGUUUGCUAAGCGCUGUCUGUGUGUUCUUGCCCUUGGUCACCACAGUAGGCCUGUGAGGCUUAGAUGACUGCCUGCAGCCGUACGUCCACAAGUUUGAGCGUGAGAAGAUAGAUGGAGAGCAGCUGCUGCGAAUUUCCCACCAGGAUCUGGAGGAGCUGGGAGUCACACGAAUUGGACAUCAGGAGCUGGUGUUGGAGGCUGUCGACCUUCUCUGUGCACUGAAUUAUGGCCUUGAAACUGAUAAUAUGAAGAAUUUGGUUUUGAAGCUACGGGCAUCUUCCAACAAUUUACAGAAUCACAUAAGCAGCCGGCGGAAGAGUCCAGCUUAUGAUGGGAACACAUCCCACAAGCCACCCAAUGAGCUGCUAACGUCGGUGGUGGAGCUCAUAGGCGCUGCCAAGGCUUUGCUGGCUUGGCUGGACCGGGCUCCAUUUACAGGGAUCACUGACUUCUCAGUAACAAAGAACAAAAUCAUUCAGCUUUGCUUAGACCUGACCACUACAGUCCAGAAGGAUUGCCUUGUAGCAGAAAUGGAGGAUAAAGUUUUAUCUGUGGUCAAAGUUUUAAAUGGCAUCUGUGACAAAACAAUUCGAUCUGCCACCGACCCUGUUAUGAGCCAGUGCGCAUGCCUAGAGGAGGUUCACUUACCCAAUGUUAAGCCUGGUGAAGGCUUGGGCAUGUACAUCAAAUCAACGUAUGAUGGAUUGCAUGUGAUUACUGGAACAACAGAAAAUUCUCCUGCAGACAGAUCUCAGAAAAUUCAUGCUGGUGAUGAAGUCAUUCAAGUUAAUCGGCAAACUGUGGUGGGAUGGCAGCUAAAGAACCUGGUGAGGAAAUUGAGAGAGAAUCCCACUGGAGUUGUGUUACUGCUGAAGAAGAGGCCUACGGGUUCGUUCAAGUUCACCCCUGCCCCUUUGAAGAACCUGCGGUGGAAGCCACCUCUCGUGCAGACCUCAUCCCCACCCAUGACAACCCAGUCCCCCGAAAGUACCAUGGAUGCCUCACUGAAGAAGGAGAAGCCAGCCAUCUUGGAUCUGUACAUUCCUCCUCCACCCACAGUCCCCUACUCUCCCCGGGACGAGAAUGGGAGUUUUGUUUAUGGAGGAUUCAGUAAGUGUAAACAACCACUGCCUAGACCUAAGGGUUCAGAGUCCCCAAAUUCCUUCUUGGAUCAGGAGAGCCGAAGACGAAGGUUCACCAUUGCUGAUUCUGAUCAGUUGCCUGGGUAUUCAGUGGAAACCAAUGUCCUACCCACAAAAAUGAGAGAGAAAACACCAUCAUACGGCAAACCCCGGCCUUUGUCCAUGCCUGCGGAUGGGAACUGGAUGGGGAUUGUGGACCCUUUCGCCAGACCUCGAGGGCAUGGGAGGAAAGGGGAAGAUGCCCUUUGCCGGUACUUCAGUAACGAGCGGAUCCCACCCAUCAUCGAAGAGAGCGCUUCUGCAGGAUGCAGGUUCUCCAGGCCUGCAGCUGAGAGGCAGCUGGUGCGCGGUGCUGACUACAUCCGUGGGAGCAGGUGCUACAUCAAUGCUGACCUGCACAGCAGCGCCACCAUCCCGUUCCCGGAGGAAGGGACCAAGAAGAAGGCCGCCUCCGCGGAGCCGUCCCUGCUGGUCAGCUGGCUCACGCGCCUGAAGCUGUUGACUCACUGAGGCUGCCCGAGGGCCUGCGGUCGCCUGCUCUUAAGUGCCUUGUCCUUGGGGACAAUCUCCCCGGACUUCACCGCAGGCUUCCCUAGUGACCUUGCAUCAUUUCCUUUGUAUUUCCUAGAAAGUUGUGUACUGCCCUUCUUGGACCUUCAUGAUUGGAUGGCAGCAGACCCAGGGGAUCCUAGGGGCCACUCAUGGAAGCAGGAAGAGGACAUGGUCCACCCCUUCCAGGACAGCACGUGGAGGCGCAUCUAUACAUUGGGAGCUGGCCAGACAGAUGGUGGUCAUUCUCCCGAACUGGCAACAUCUACUGCUGUUGUUUUCUUGAGUGAGGGGACUCAGUUGGGUGGCUGUUGUACAGAUAUGUGGCUGUGGUCCACCUACCUGAAAAAGCCAGUUGGAGAAAAGAUUUUUAAAGUGUAUGUACCAUUAUUUGUAAGCACAGAGGCUUUGGCAUGGAAAGGAUACGUGGUAAGUGUGUGCUCUUCUGAGCAGAGGUUUAGGUGUGAAUCUGUUCCAUGUGGUUAAUCCCCUUGCUUGUAAGCUUAGCCUGUGUCUAUUAAUGCAGAGACGCAGGAGCGUGUGUGGACAGGAAAGCAGUUUAUGGUUACUCGUGAGAGGAAUUGUCGUAGUCGUUAUGUAUUAUUGUCUUUAAGGGAAAAGAAGCUAUAAGAUUUGCUGAAAGCCAAAGUAUCAUUCAGAAAAGUUAAAGCAACCAGAUUUAAGUUUGUGAGAGUCACAUCAGUUUGCAUUUUUUGGCCUUUUCGAUGUCUGUCUUCUAGAAAGAACCACAGCUCUUCAAAAUUGGACACAUGUUGCUAACUAGAAAUGUCUUGGAAAGACUUGUGGUCACUAACUUUCAACUAGCUUCAGGUAUUUGGAAAAAGUGCAUCUGAAUAUUAACUCUUGUUUAAACUGAAUGUAUGAUAUUUUGUUAGAAUGGAAAAGUACUAUCUUGUUAAUUUAAGUGUUUUAAAUAUAGUUGUAUAUUUUUCUUACUCUUAGUCACAUGUAAUUGAAAUAUUUGUUUUGCGUCAUUUGCGAAGCUAAUGAAACUGACUGUUGAAGGUGUUUUCAGAUUUACAAGUGACCAACCUGGUGGUUACCAGUUUGGGCACUAAUAUUAAAAAAACAAACAUAAUAAAGCCGCCCAAGCAUUUUGGGAUUUUAUGAAUUAA